CAUAGAUCAACCAGCCAGUUUUUUCCUGGCUGUGAAGAUGGCGGCGCUCACGCGAAAGAUUCUAUCACGAUGUGAUCGAUUCCAGUAUGGAAUUUCAUUUAGAAAUAUCUCAGUUUCACCUUCACUCAGAGGAAAGCCCACUUUCAACUGGGAAGAUCCAUUUGAUCUCGAGUCCCAGCUGACGCAGGAUGAGGUCUUGAUCAGGGAUCAAUUCCGAACGUACUGUCGCGAGAAAUUGUUGCCACGUGUGGUGGAAGCGAAUCGCAAGGAGAUUUUUCACAAAGAAAUCAUGAGGGAGAUGGGUCAGUUGGGUAUCCUGGGGUGCACCAUGAAGGGUUACGGUGCUGCUGGUGUCUCCUCCGUGGCAUACGGACUCCUGGCCAAGGAGAUCGAGUACGUGGACAGUGGGUACAGGUCUACACUGUCGGUUCAGUCUUCUCUGGUAGCAGGUGCCAUCUACGAUCACGGGGACGAGUCGCAGAAGCAGCGAUUCCUUCCGAAACUGAUCUCUGGGGAACUGAUCGGUUGUUUCGGACUGACCGAGCCCAAUCAUGGCAGUGACCCUGGAUCAAUGGAGACCAAGGCUACUUACGAUUCAGGGAAGAAGGUUUACAGGUUGAAUGGGAGCAAAACAUGGAUCACUAAUGCACCAGUCGCUGACGUGCUGAUCGUAUGGGCCAAGUGCGAGGACAACAUGAUCCGAGGAUUCAUCAUCGAAAGGAAGGGCAACGAAAGCCGACUGUCCACGCCAAAGAUAGAAGGCAAGUUCUCGCUGAGGGCCUCCGUCACUGGCAUGAUCCUGAUGGACAACGUGGAGGUGCCCAAGGAGAACCUACUACCAAACGUUCAAGGUCUCAAAGGUCCGUUCACCUGCUUGAACAACGCUCGAUAUGGGAUCGCGUGGGGUGCACUGGGUGCUGCUGAGGCUUGUUUGACCACAGCCAGGUCGUAUGCCCUGGAUAGGAAGCAAUUUAACAGGCCGUUAGCGGCCAAUCAAUUAGUACAGAAGAAGUUGGCUGACAUGAUGUGCGACAUCGCGAUCGGUCUUCAGGCCUGCCUGAGAGUAGGCAGGCUGAAGGACGAGGGCAGGGCUACACCAGAGAUGAUUUCUAUAAUAAAGAAGAACUCAGCCAUGAAGGCUCUUGAAAUCGCAAGGACAGCCAGGGACAUGUUGGGUGGCAAUGGGAUUUCAGACGAGUAUCAUAUUAUCAGACAUAUGAUGAAUCUAGAGAGCGUAAUUACUUACGAAGGUACAAACGACAUCCACAGUUUGAUACUGGGCAGAGCCAUCACUGGCAUACAGGCAUUCUCUGCAUAGACAAGGGUUAAUUGUUAAAAAAGAAAAGAUGACCGUGGCUACCGGGGGUUGACAGUGGUUAUGGUGGUCGACGUUGAACUGCGCCAGGAUCCUUUCACGCGGUUCCACGACGCCAAAGGACUGUUGCGCGUGGGGAUGAUGCGAGCACGGGGGUGUGAAAUGAACAAGAAUCUGGUAUAGCGAUUGAUUGAAAUGAAAUUUGUCCGUGGGAACUGGGAUCGACGCAAUUCCUUUUAACCUUGCUUCGAAACAAGGGAAUUCUCAAUUGAAAAGGAUACCACCUGUUUUUUCCUUUUAUUUUCUCUUUUGCUUUUUCGUCGACUUCCAUUUAGUAGAAACGUAGAUAAAAAAAAAAAAGAAAAUGGAACACGCGUUACGUUAAUAUGGCGGUCGAGUGGAUCCUGUCGAUUUCCUUAUCGCAUGGAGCAGGUGGUGGUGUUCAUUGAGCCGCGAGGAUUUUCUUGUUAAAAUACAAUCAUUGAGGCAACGCUUAUCGAACGUUCCCAUUUCCUUAACUCGUUUACUUUUCGUGUGUAUUUCACCGAAAAUCAAUUCGAAACAUCAUUUAUUUAUUGCAAUUAAAAGAACAUACGCAAUUUGAGAAAAACUGAAAUCUCAUCAUGUAUGUAAAGCGCAAAGACGUCCGUCCGUGUCACUUCUCAACAUGAGAACUACUAGGGUUAGAGAUACGCUUUAUAAGUAGUUAGAAAGGUCUCGCUGAGACUAGCUCAAAGCCGUUGCGUUUGUGGGGCUAAGUGAUCGGGGUCAAAAGUUACAGAGAUUUCAAUUUUUCUAUAGAAAGUCUAUGGGUCGCUCAUUUCAGUUGCGCGCGCAUUCCCUUAACGAUACGUAAUGUAUCGGCAGGGGCACUAAACCCGGGAGAAGUAAAGAAGAAGAAGCGAUCAAGACUUGAUAUUUGCCGAUUUCUUCCGCUCAGAUCAUAUAUAUUUACUUAUACGAAGAAUGAGCGGAGCGCCGGUAACACUCUUUGGAUAGCCACCUGAUAUCAUCUUGGGGUAUUUGGGACCCCGAAGCACCGUUGACUCUUCCUGUGUACUGACAUUAUGGUAUUCGGGGUGUCUGGGACCCCGAAGCACCGUGACUGCAUACCACUAUAUGUCAUCGUGGGGUGCCAGGGACCCCGGUGGCGCUUUUUGCAUACCGACCUGUCAUCCUGGGGUGUCUGCGACCCCCAAGGCUACGAAUUCUCGAAAACAAAGGCUACAAGUUGUCAUGUAGUUUCCACCGUUUCUGUAUAGAUGACGCUAAGAUCGAAUUUUAAAAAUAAUUUAUGGCGCUCUUUUUAAAAUAUAAGUUUGUCAAACAUUUAUUUUGAUAGUUCUUCGGUUUCGUAAUAAAUAAAAGGGUGGUUAGCCGAGGCCCAGCAGAGAGAUAAAAUCAUACAUUUUAUUCCUCUUUAAUGAGCUUGUUAAUAAGCGGAAAAAAUAAAUUAAAUAAAUUAAAUGAACACCGAAGAUAAAUUAGAAGCAUAUGUAUGUUUAAUAGGUUGAUUCACACCGCUCGGCGGUCGUACCUCGUUGUAGAAAUAAACGGGAUUGUUUCGACGACCAGAUGGGGUUCGCUUUUUAUGAUUGCAAAUUGACAAUUUCCCUGGUAAUCUGUUUCUUCAUUAACAAUCAUCCCACACGAAUUUGAUACAUUUUCUUCUUCGACAUCCAAGGGAUGAGAAAGGGAGAUGAAAAUGAAAGAACCAACACGCACACGCUGUUUUCAGCGCAAUUAAAUUCUUUAAUUGUUGUCAGUCGGGUUCGAAAUACACUAGUCGAUCGUUUAUCAUUAAUAAUUAUUGUAUAUACGUGGUACUCCUCCGGAUAUAAAUAAUACAACGUCAAUAAAAUAAUGACAAUAUGCGUUCAUCCUCUUCGUUUCACUUUCGCCUUAACAAAAUUACACGUUGCGUUUAUUAUUAUAUUAAUUAUUACCUACUUCGCACGGUGUUUUUCCUAGUGGAAAGAACACGUACACUGAGAGUUAAAUAAAAAAAAAAAAAAAAAAAAA